GUGCUAAAUGCUGCAUGGGAAGCCAACAUACCAGUUGCGGGUGAGAAUGCACGUCCAUGUUACCGUAGAGAAGGUUACAACAAGAUCUUAGAAAAUGCCAAGCCAAUGAAUGAUCCAUUUGGUAGAUACUACUUAUCUGCAUUUACCUACCUCAAGCUGAGCCCAACUCUACUGGAAAAACACAAUUUCAUGGAGUUUGAACGAUUUGUACAGAUGAUGCAUGGUGUACAACGUAACAAUCUGAACUGAAGUCAUUUCUCUUACGGUAGAAGAAGAAGUUAGGAAAGAAAAGAUUAUGGGGACGGAAGACGGCUGAAUGAUUACUUUGCUUUAUUUGUAGAGAUACUUGUUCUAGAGUUGCACUUCAUGUAGUCUUAAGUUUCCUAAUAUUAGUAUUAGAAUGGUAUUUGGUAGACGUUUUCAAGUGGGUCCUUCUUGACAUGAUACUUAUUGAUAUUGAUCGGUAGUUUACCUCCAUUUUCA